CAAGAAGAAUGUGCUUCCUCUCACAUUGUCCCAAGCUGAGGAAGAAAGAACCUUUCUUCGCUAUAGUCAGUGAUACCGAGCCGUCACCUCCAUUCAUUCAUGCCUUCAUGGGGAACACUGGCAUGGAAUGCUCUUUAAUUUAUGACUCGCUCUUAGAACGUUGCUGCUGAUUCUUGAUUGUUUUCUAUCUCAACUUUACGUCUGAAGUGUCUUCUGAGCAAGGUGAUGGGUCUGGAAAAGAAUCCUCGUGUGUUUUUCGAUGUCUCAAUCGACGGAGACCCUGUGGAAAGAAUUGUUAUUCAGCUUUUUGCCAGUAUAGUUCCUAGGACAGCGGAGAAUUUUCGGGCACUUUGUACAGGUGAGAAGGGCAUUGGAGAAUCAACGGGGAAACCUUUGCAUUAUAAAGGGACAAGCCUUCAUCGUAUAAUUAGAGGUUUUAUGGCUCAAGGUGGUGAUUUUUCAAGGGGUAAUGGCACAGGUGGAGAAAGUAUAUAUGGGGGGAAAUUUGCAGAUGAAAAUUUCAAACUAACACAUGAUGGACCUGGCAUUCUUUCUAUGGCUAAUAGUGGUCCUAACACAAAUGGAUCUCAGUUCUUUAUUACAUUCAAGCGCCAACCUCAUCUUGACGGGAAACAUGUUGUUUUUGGAAAAGUUGUCAACGGAAUAGACAUUUUGAAGAAAAUUGAGCAGGUGGGAACAUCUGAUGGGAAACCUACCCAGCCAGUUAAAAUUAUUGAUUGUGGUGAAGUCUCUGAAACAAAAAUUCAGCAUACUGCAGAGAAGGAGAAAGGAAAAAGGAGAAAAUCUGGGAAGUCCUUAUCUUCUGAUGAUGGUUCUGACAAAAAAUCAAGGGGAAAAAGGAAAAAAUCUUCCAAAGACACAAGGAAGAGAAGGAGGAGAUACUCAACAUCUGAUAGUGAUAGCUAUUCCUCAGAUUCUGAGUCAGAUUCAGAUUCUGAAUCGGAUUCAUCAGUUUCUGAUUCUAGUUCCUCUAGUGAUGGGAAACACCAGAAGAGGAGGAGAAAUAAGCACAAGCAUGGGAAGAAGAGGAAAAUUGGACGAAAGCAGCGGAAGAGAAGCCAGCACGGUAGAACUAAAAAAUCAAGACACAAGUCUAGGCGGAGCUCUGAGGAUUCAAGUGAUACAAAUAGUGAUAGCGCUAGUGGCAGUAGUUCUAGCGAUGAGAAAGCUGAUCGUCAUGCCUCAGGUCGUAAAGCACCUGCUGACAAUAAAGCCCAAAGAAAUCUAGACACAGGAAAGCAAUUUUCCAACCCUUCUUGUCAAAGGCAAACUAUUCCUGAACAAACAAUGGAUCCCAAGGUAAGAAGAAUUGUGGACAAGCAAUCACAUGAAGAAGGUGAAUUCUCUCCGGAGAAUGGUGCAUUUGUGAAUAACAGGCAUGAUACUCAAGCUGAAUUUAGUAAACCUGCUAAGCAACAUGCUAAUUCAGAUGAUUCAAAUCACAAUAGAGGUGCAAGUCCUGGAAGAAGUCCUACCAGGGAUUCUGGGGAGCUAAACCAAGGACGUGCUUUGUUGUUGGCUAGUCCUGGCAAAAAAAGUCCUGGCCAAAAAGCAUCUGAACCUCCUGCCCCCAAACAUGGUCAGGGAUUUUCAAAAAGCCCUUCACCAAAUAGCAUGCCUAAGCGUAUUAAAAAAGGGCGUGGCUUUACUGAGCGUUAUGCCUUUGCACGAAGAUAUCGCACUCCAUCUCCAGAGCGGUCUCCUCCUCAUUCAUAUCGUUAUGGUGAUAGAAAUAUAAGAAGGAACUUUGAUAGAAACACAAGCUACAGAAGUUAUUCUGGGCGCUCUCCACCACGACGUUUUCGAAGCCCGCCAGGGGGCAGGAAUCGUCCAAGAUACCAAAGCAGAAGAAGUAGGAGUAGGAGCAUCUCUGGCAGUCCAGUGCGUGGGCGUUUUAGAGAGCGUGACCGCAGCAGGAGUCCAAGACGUAGUCCUAGUCCAGAAGACAGGCUGCCUCUGAUAAGUGACAGAUUAAAAUCCAGACUUGGUCCAAGAAGUGACGAAGGACUGCGAGACAGGGGGAGGUCGAGGUCGAGGUCGAAAUCUAGGAGCAAAGGCUCUUCUCACUCCAGAUCCCCUGAUGCCACACCACCAAAACGAUAUGAUAAAAGGACUUCUGUACCUCGUAGCAGGUCUAGAUCCAGCUCUGCAUCCGGCCAAAAGGGUUUAGUUUCUUAUGGAGAUGCCAGUCCUGAUUCUGGCUCAAGGUAGCUAGGUAUUAUGCUCUCAAGUCCCAGCUGGACCUGAAAUUGCUAUACAUUAUAUUACAAGUCUCAAGAAGAGUUAAGUGUUGCAUUAGCUUAAAAACGACCGUUCUAUCAUGUUACUUUUAGUAAGAGCCAAAACUUGAAUGAUGCGUCGUAAAUUGGAUCUGCCGUUUGUGUUUAAUAAAUAUUUGUUAACAGUAAUUUUUUUCUUUUUGAAUUCCAUCCUUCCCUUUUAAGAUAA